AUGGGUGGCGGAGAAGGAAAAUGCCUGUACAUUGAUACUGAGGGUACUUUCCGACCGGAACGUUUAUUGGCCGUGGCGGAACGCUAUGGUUUAUCGGGCAGUGAUGUCUUGGAUAAUGUAGCCUACGCUCGCGCGUACAAUACAGAUCAUCAAAUGGAGCUUCUGAUCAGUGCGGCUGCCAUGAUGAGCGAAUCACGGCGAGUAUCUAAUGCUCCCUUUUCUGCUGUUGCGAAAUAUUGCUGCAAUCAUGGUUCCCUUUUCAUUUACGCCCUGCUGAUUGUCGACAGCGCCACCGCUUUGUAUCGUACAGAUUACUCUGGACGUGGUGAAUUAUCCGCCAGACAAAUGCAUUUGGCCCGGUUUCUGCGCACAUUGCUGCGACUAGCCGAUGAAUUCGGUGUUGCUGUGGUAAUCACAAACCAAGUUGUCGCCCAAGUAGAUGGAGCUGCAAUGUUCACUGCAGAUCCGAAAAAACCCAUUGGGGGCAACAUCAUGGGCCAUGCAUCAACUACUCGCUUAUACUUACGCAAAGGGCGUGGAGAAACGAGAAUAUGCAAAAUAUACGACAGCCCUUGUUUACCCGAAGCAGAAGCCAUGUAUGCCAUUCUUCCCGAUGGAAUCGGGGAUGCAAAGGACUAG